CCCACAAACAUCAACACACACAGUGCGUGAAGAGUGAAGGCAUUGCAAUGUUUUAGAGAGAGAGAGUGAGUGCAUUAACUCUCUUCAUGAAAAACAAGUGCAUAUAGUAGUAUUUUGUACUGCUCUCAGACAACAAGAAGCGAGCGUUACAAAAACAAGAAAAGGUGUAAGCUUAGAGAGAGAGAGGGUGACGGCUUUCUUAAUUAGAGAACAAAGAAAAUCCCCCUCAUUCGGCUCUCUCCUUUUCCUUUUCCUUUUCUUUUUCUUCCCUACUUUUAAAAUCAUUGCUUGUGAACUGAGCUUCAGUUUUCUUUGUUCCUUUCCUUCCCCAUUUCCGAUCCAUUAAACGACACAGUUUUAUCGUUAUUGCCACAAUCUUGAAAUUGUUUCUUUGCAGUUUAUCUUUUUGCUGGGGAAGUAAUCUAUCAAUCAAAACCCGUUUCUUGUUUCGAUCGGAUCUGAAAGGGACUUGCGCAACAACAUUUUGAGGAGAAAAAAAUUUAAAAUAAUAAAGCUGUUCUUGAACACAAAGUUCGUUUACUUUGUGGGAAGGGUGAUGAAGGAUUGCAUUUUCUGAUUAAGUGUCGAUGCUUCACGACGCGAUGGAAUCGCUUGUACAAGGAGUUGAUUCCAUAGAGAUGAGCUGCAGUUCUGUUGGCAAGGUAGAGUACAAGUCCUCUUCUGCACCUCCAUCGAGCCGCCCGCCCCACCACCCUUCCACGAAGCAAUAUAGGCACGGUGGGGGCUCAUCCGGAUCUCAUGCAGUUCCCAAGGACUCGGUGCCUAAGGAUCAUAUCAUGAAGACAAUCUAUGCCCCGUCUGGCUCUAUGGUCGUCUCAAAACGCUCCUACAAGACCGCUCAUCUAGUCAUGCGAAAAGAUGGGGAUAUCAGUGGAUUGGAUGAAGGGAAGGAGAAAGUUCAGAGCACUGGUGUUGGAGGUGGCGAAAAAGAGAAUGAUAAUGCGGGGAAGCGGCUUGUGAGACCCGAGAGCAAUGAUAAGAUCGAGCAACUAGUUGAGGAGGAGGCUAAGAUUUCUGAUUCUAAUGGUGUGGAGCCAGUUAAGUUUGAUUCAUUGGCUGCUAAAGAAGCUGCGCAACCUAAAGUAGGAAUGGGGUUUUGUCCGAGCCCUCAAGGCAGUUUCUACUCUGCAACGCAGUACGCAGAAGCUAAAGAGAGCUUCACUAACACUGAAGUCAGUGAAUGUGGGAAGUCUGAGAGUGGCGAAGUCAGCAACUCAUGUGACUUUGUCGAGAGUAGGAAGACUAGCAUAUAUAGAGGGAGCACCGGGAGUGAUGUCAGUGACGAGAGCAGCUCAAGUAGUUUCAGCAGUGCUAUGUACAAGCCGCACAAAGCUAAUGACACGAGGUGGGAGGCAAUUCUAGCUGUCAGGUCCCGUAACAGUGGGGCGUUGGAGCUGAAGAACUUCAGGAUUUUCAAGAGAUUGGGGUGUGGGGAUAUAGGCAGUGUCCAUCUUGCAGAGCUCAUAGGGACGAGGACUUUGUUCGCCAUGAAAGUGAUGGAUAAGGAAGCUUUAGCUAGUCGAAAAAAGAUCCUGAGAGCUCAGACGGAGAGAGAGAUUCUCCAGUCACUGGAUCAUCCAUUUCUUCCCACUUUGUACACUCACUUUGAGACGGAGAAGUUCUCGUUCCUGGUGAUGGAGUUCUGCCCUGGGGGAGAUUUGCACGCACUUAGGCAGAAGCAACCCGGGAAGUUUUUCCCAGAGCACGCUGCCAGGUUUUAUUUGGCUGAAGUUCUCCUUGCUCUAGAAUACUUGCAUAUGCUUGGUAUCAUCUACAGAGAUCUCAAACCCGAAAACGUUCUAGUGAGAGACGACGGGCACAUAAUGCUCUCCGAUUUCGACCUCUCCUUGAGGUGUGCAGUGAGCCCAACACUAGUCAAGUCCUCAAACAUAAAUGCAGAGUCCAAGACCUCGGGAUACUGCGUCCAACCCUCCUGCAUGGAGCCCUCUUGCGUGAUCCAGCCCGCCUGCAUUCAACCUACAUGUUUCGGGCCGCGUUUUGGCAGAUCCAAGAAAGACAAGAAGUCUAGGCCGAAAACAGAGGUAUACAACCAGGUCACCCCUCUCCCGGAGCUGAUAGCCGAGCCCACGAGCGCUCGUUCCAUGUCCUUCGUGGGCACGCACGAGUAUCUAGCACCGGAGAUCAUCAAAGGGGAAGGCCAUGGCAGCGCGGUGGAUUGGUGGACUUUCGGGAUCUUCCUCUAUGAGCUCUUGUUCGGGCGGACACCCUUCAAAGGAGCAGGGAACCGGGCCACAUUGUUCAAUGUCGUGGGGCAGCCACUGAGGUUCCCUGAUUCGCCCACGGUAAGCUUCGCCGCGAGGGAUCUCAUCCGAGGCCUGCUGGUGAAGGAGCCGCAGCAUCGCCUUGCUUACAGGCGCGGCGCGACUGAGAUCAAGCAACACCCGUUCUUCCAGAGCGUGAACUGGGCUCUCAUCCGUUGCGCCAGCCCGCCGGAGGUGCCACCGCUGUUCGUGAUGAACGAGGCAGCAGCUGCGGCUGCGCCCUCGCCUUCCCCGUCGGCUGGGAAGGUGCAAGGUGUGGAUGUGAAGCCUUCGGGUAAUUACUAUGAGAUAGAUUUUUUUUAGCUGAUAAUUGUCUUUUAAUUUUUUUAAUUUUUUUUCUUUUGUCUAUGCCUUGAGAUGAUUUCUAUUAUCAUCAUCUUGUACUCAAAUUUUAUUUCUAGGGAUAUUGUUUCAUUGUAAGGAAUAUAUAAAAGCUAUUGUUCCUUCAA